AUGGCAGUUCGCGAGAAAGACCUUGUCUUCAAAAAAUUUGAUCCCAAAUUCGGGGUCAUCUUGAAUUCUGCAUCUGAACACCGAUUCCAUCAGUACCGUCAACAAGCAGCUUCACACGAGAAAAUUGCCUGCAUAGAUUAUCUGGAUGGAAACCAAUUACGAGAAGGGAGGAGUCACCAAAAUAGCUGCUGCUUAAAGGACUGGGAAAUCCGAGCGAACAAAUUUCUUCACUCAUUCGGCCCCAGUGAGAAUUCUCAGAUUAUAUCUGCGAAUCAUGGUGAUACCUUGAUAAAGGUUGUGAGCCGUUCCAUAUCCGAUUUCUUAAUUGGCACGACUUCCAUUGCAUAUGCUGCUGUUGGAAUAGUAGUUCUGUAUGAUCAAUGGGGAUACCAAAACAUCAAAGAUUACCAGCUUCCUAUAAGAUGGUAUAACGUAAAUCUUGCAUUGAGCUUUACGGAAUGA